AUGUCACCGGACGCUCCAUCAGCGCCCGCGCAAGAUGCGGCUCAACAAGAAUCUCGAGCGCGCAAAGACAGCUUCUCUAAUCAAUCGAAAACUUCAGAGACUUCACAAACUGCAGCUGAGUUCAUUCGAUCCCAAGAAGCUCUUGAAGCCGAUGCCCGCGAGGCUCUGCCUUACAGUAUCGACACAUGCACCAAAAUCCUCGGACCUUUGCGACAAGCCGUUUUCGCUUGCUUGACUUGCAAUCCUCCUCCAGCCAAAGACGGCGACGAGUGGACACCCGCUGGUGUAUGCUAUUCCUGCUCGAUCCAAUGCCACGGCGAACACACCCUAGUCGAGAUCUUCCAGAAGCGCAACUUCACAUGCGAUUGUGGUACCAAGCGAAUCCCGGCUACCAGCCCUUGUACUCUCCGUUUGAAUGAGACAACCAACACUCGAGGUGGGGUGCAUUCCGAAGAGCCCGAUGUGAAUAACAAGUAUAACCACAACUUUCGCAAUCGAUUCUGCGGCUGUGACUGUGAUUAUGACCCCUUCCAACAAAAGGGGACGAUGUUCCAGUGUCUUGGCCUAGGAACAGUAGAGACGGGCGGAUGUGGUGAAGAUUGGUACCAUCCAGGAUGUCUCGUUGGGAUGGGACCCAACUGGUUCGAAAAGAUGGAAAAGCCGAAGAAAGAAGCACAGGAGAGCACAGAAGAGGGCAAAUUGACCACAAUCACAGAAGGGAACGAGGAGCAACAGGAUGCCAAACAGAACCCUGGCCAAGAGAAGGAUAAGGCUGCCGAAACUGCAGUCGAAGAGGAAGAAGAAGACGAUGAUGUCCCCAUGCCUCCAGGAUUCCCUGAAGAAGAUGCCUUCGAGGCCUUCCUCUGCUACAAGUGCGUCGAAGCGCACCCCUGGAUUAAGCGCUAUGCCGGAACUUCUGGUUUUCUUCCAGCAGUCUUUCUUAACCCAGCGGAUUCAGAAGCCAAGGCAGCAUCCGUAAAGGAGGAACCGGUUCCUACAUCUGAAACAACAGCGGCAUCUGAGGAAGAGACGGAUUCACGGAAGCGCAAGGCUGAUGAUGAUGCGGAGGAGUUUACGCAAGCGAAGCGUGCAAAGAGUGAAUCUCAUUUUGGCGAUGAAAAGCCUGCCGGGGAGGCACCGUCUGCAGACAAGCUCCCCUGCAAGCUUAAUAACCUUCCUCCUGCCCCCCAAGGGCAAUUCUCCCUGUUCCUCAAAGAAGAUUUCCGCGACGCCUUCUGUCGCUGCUCAUCCUGCUACCCUCAUCUUAACCCCCACCCACAUCUUCUCGAGGAGGAAGAGGUCUAUGAACCACCUCUGUCCGACGGAGGAUCCCAGGUCGAUGGCAAUGGAGGUGGAUCGCACGGCAGUGGUAGUCUUCUAGAACGUGGCGAGAGCGCACUUCGUAAUGUUGACAGGGUACGAGCUAUUGAGGGCGUGAUGGCUUAUAACCAUCUCAAGGAACAACUGAAGCCAUUCUUUCAACAAUUUGCCGAGAGCGGACAGGCUAUUGGAGCUGAAGACAUCAAGGCAUACUUUGCUAAGCUCCGAGGUGACGAGAAAGGCAUCCAGGAAGCUGCUGCAGGUGCCAAGGAGGGGGAUAGUAGUGGCAAUGGUGAUGGAGAUAACCGAAAGGAGCAGAGCGGGUUCUAA